CUGGCGCACCAUCAUCCAUUUAUAUCUCGGUGAGCCACCGGGGUACCCAUCUCAAGACACAGAGAGAGGAACUCACACUAGUUGUCGCCGCUGGACAGUUCCACAGCAGGGUACACCUCCAUCGCGACGCUUCGUCACCGAUUCUGGGUUGCCGUGAGAGAUCGCGUCACAGAGGCCCGUGACAGCGAGACCAACCAAUUUGUUGCAUGCGGUGCAUCACAUUUGCAGUUCGAUCUGUCGCAAUGACGUCCAACGUAAAAACAAAGCUUGCAAUCUCUGAGCGGUGCCGGUUGAGGAAAGAGUAAUUUUUGAGGUCGUUUUCACGGCUACGGACCACGAGUACUACCAGCAGCGGCGCUUGUCAACAUUUCGGUGGAGCAAUGACCCUACGGUUCGACGAGAACGAUCAACCUUUCAUAGAUUUAGGGAAGGAUGUCCACCUGAGGUUGGAUUUCAGCGAGUACAGUGAUAAGAAAGCAGUGCAAAAAGCGCAGGACGAGCUGCGGGAGACACCUGAAGUGGUUGACGCUGCACUUAAAGAACUGAAAGCGCUGCUAAUCGAUGAUAAAGAUAUCACGGUUCCUAUUGAAGAUGAUGCAUUUCUUAAGAAAUUCUUACGACCAAGAAAAUAUUAUCCUGAGAGUGCAUAUGAAUUAAUCAAAAGUUACCACAAAAUGAAAGCCAAGAAGGAUUUUGUGCUGGAUAAUAUUUCAACCGAAGCCAUUCGAAUAGCCGUAGAAGAACGAGUAGUGCAACUGCUUCCACAUCGCGAUUCACAGGGACGAAGAGUGAUCUUUUUGGAAAUGGGAGGCAAUUGGAACUGUGCGAAAGUGCCGUAUGCAGAAUUGAUACGGGCGGCCCAUGCAGUACUGACCAUUGUUUCACUGGAGCCACUAACCCAGCUUAAUGGGCUGAUCUACAUCGUCAACGUCGACAAAAUGAAACUGUCGCAGCUCAGACAGUACUCGCCGAAGUUGGUGAAAUACAGCCUGGACUAUGGUCAGAAGUGCCCACCGUUGCGGGUGAAAGGCAUCCAUCUCAUCAACAAUGCAAAGGUUUUCGAUUUGAUGUUCAUGAUCUUCAAGCCGUUCGUAGGAAAGAAGUGGAGUCAGAGGAUAUUCUUCCAUGGUAGCAACAUGGCAUCAUUGCACAAACAUGUCGAUCAGAGCUGUCUGCCGACUUGGCUGGAAGGAAGCAGUGAAUAUCCUCUGCUUGAUGGAAAGGUGCUUUUGGAACUUCUCGAGCGUUAUCAGGAUAAAUAUGAUGCACUGAACUCGUAUGGAUACCUACAAAAAGCUAAGGAGGACAAAGAAGAGCCCGUUGUAGAAAACUGAAAUGCAAAAUUAUGUUCCAAGUUGUGAAUCCAUGGAAGGUAAUGUGAUAUGCCACUUUUGAAUUUUUUAGGAUAAGAUCCAAGACUGUCUCGUCAAGAAAUGUUUGGCAAAAAAACAUAUUUCCGGUUGUAGAAUAAAAGAUUUUUCCAUGCAAAA